AUGACCGAGUUGCACCAAGCUGCAGCAGCAGGCGAUUUUGACCAAGUUGAGGAGAUUCUGAGACAAAAUAAAUGCAAUCCCAACCAGAGAGACAUCGACUGGAGCUACAAGACACCUCUUCACUGGGCAGCGGCUAAAGGACAUACAGAAACGGUCAGGAUCCUCAUUGAUCAUGGAGCUAGGCCGUGUCUGAGGACGGAGCACGGAUGGACUCCUGCCCACUUUGCUGCAGAGUCUGGCCAGCUGGCCGUGCUGCGGCUGCUCCACUCCCUCCAUGCUCCUGUAGACAAGGAGGACUGCUGUGGAGACAAACCAGCGCGGAUAGCCGAAAUAUAUGGACACCAGGACUGCGUUCAAUUCCUUAAGAAAGCAGAGAUUGAGUGCCAGGCCUUACGCAAGAUGGCAACCCAAAAAGGGAUUUUAAUGGAGGACACAGAUGAGGAGUGGGCAGAACAGGGCAAAGAAAAUGAAGAAAACAGGACCUCUCAAAGCAACAUUCAGGUGUAGGCUUAACUCACCUUACAC